AAAUUAGAGUAAAGUCAUUUGUCUCUCUCGGAACAUUUUGCAUGCCUUUGCCUUUCAGGUCUCAAUCGGUCUCUUCUUUUUUGACUCUUUGCGCCCCUGUUAUCCCCGCUGUUACGCUUCAGCUACAGUAAUUCCGUUCUCUCUCUCUCUCUCACACAGUUGCAGAGAGAGACUCUUCUCAUUUCUUCAAAGAAUUUCAGAAGACUUAGGGGAGUGGAGAUGCCAGAAAUCCAACUGGGUGUCCAUACUAUAAGGUCCCAUGGAGCUAAAGUGGUGCGGGCUCACAUGCACGAUUGGCUUGUUUUACUAUUUCUCAUGAUCCUAGAAGUUAUACUGUAUGUCAUAGAACCAUUCCACCGCUUCGUCGGGGCGGAUAUGAUGGACGACCUUAAAUACCCAUUGCAAGAGAACACCAUUCCCUUGUGGGCGGUUCCGAUUAUUGCCGUACUAUUGCCUCUUAUGGUCAUACUCAUUUACUACUUUGUUAGAAAAGAUGUGUACGAUCUGCAUCAAGCCGUACUCGGCCUUCUGUUUUCGGUACUUAUCUCGGGAGUCUUAACCGAUGCAAUUAAAGAUGCUGUUGGUAGGCCCCGUCCAGACUUCUUCUGGCGCUGCUUUCCCGAUGGCAAAGGGGUUUUUGAUCCUGUUACCAGUAAAGUCAUUUGUACCGGAUUAAAAUCCGUCAUUAAAGAAGGACAUAAAAGUUUUCCGAGCGGGCAUACAUCUUGGUCGUUUGCUGGUCUUGGUUUUCUCUCCUGGUACAUGGCAGGAAAGAUUCGGGUAUUUGAUCGUAGGGGCCACGUGGCAAAGCUUUGUAUCGUUGUCUUCCCUUUACUUGUUGCAGCCUUAGUUGGCGUUUCACGGGUUGAUGACUAUUGGCAUCAUUGGCAAGAUGUAUUUGCAGGAGGUCUUCUAGGUAUAACAGUUGCUUCAUUUUGUUACUUGCAAUUCUUCCCCCCACCAUAUGACAUUGAUGGAUGGGGACCUCACAUAUAUUUCCAGAUGUUAGCAGAGUCCCGAAAUGAGACGCAACCUGGCAAUGUUAACGGUCUAAAUGUGACACCAUCGGAGAUUGAGAGCGUGCGCAUUUACUCACACAGGGGCAUGGGAGUGUCAGAUGACAACAUGAGUUCAAUCCUGGGUGAAAUGGAGAGUGGGAGAAGAUGUUAGUUAAAACGCGCGUGGGAGAAGAUGUUGGUUAAAACGCGUGUUAACUGUUUGCUUAUCUUCUCAGUUCUGUAGAACCAGUUAGCUUCGUGGAUGGAAACGUUGACUGUAGUUAAAAAAACUGCGUACCGUGUAUGCACAUAUGUGUGUGUAGGUUUGUUCAUUGAAUAAAAUCUUUUAGACUUUUGAAGGUUUAAACUAGAUGUGAAUACAAGUAAUAGACUGAUGGUAUAUCUUGAACCAAAA